GGAUACUUGAGCAGGCACGGGGACACCCGGCCGAGGACAGAGGCCAUGGUGAACGCAGUGACUCCGCUCAGGCAGGACACAGCAUGGGAACAUGAGCACAGACAGUGGUGGGAGCCAGGUUCCUCCGCCAGGGACACACUCGCGUGUGGCUGGAGCCACCUUAAGCCCUCGCUGUCCCCUGACUUCGUGGAGACCCUGAGGGCCGUGGUUGGGGCCCCCAAUGUCUCCACAGCCACAGCGGUGCGGGAGCAGCACGGCCACGAUGAGUCCAUGCACCCCUGUGCCCCCCCAGACGUCGUGGUGUGGCCCCAGGCGGUGGGGCAGGUGCAGGAGCUGGCAGCCCUCUGUCACCGCUGCCGUGUGCCCAUGGUGCCCUUUGGCACCGGUACCGGCCUGGAAGGAGGCGUCAAUGCCGUGCAGGGCGGCGUCUGCUUUGACCUGAGCCGCAUGGACGCCAUCGCCGAGCUGAGCCUCGAGGACUUCUCGGUGACCGUGGAGCCCGGUGUCACCCGCAAGGCCCUCAAUAAGCACCUGCGUGGCACCGGGCUCUGGUUUCCCGUUGAUCCUGGGGCGGACGCCUCUCUGUGUGGCAUGGCAGCCACGGGCGCCUCGGGCACCAACGCGGUGCGCUACGGCACCAUGCGCCCCAACGUGCUCAACCUGCGCGUGGUGCUGCCGGACGGGCGCCUGCUGCACACCGCCGGCCCCGGGCGCCAGCCCAGGAAGCGGGCGGCCGGCUACGACCUGACCUCGCUCUUCGUGGGCUCUGAGGGCACUCUGGGCUUCCUGACUCAGGCCACGCUGCGCCUGCACCCGCUGCCUGAGGCCACUGCUGUCACUGUCACCUCCUUCCCCAGCGUGGGGGCGGCUGUGGCUUGCACCGUCCAUGUGCUGCAGGCUGCCGUGCCUGUGGCCCGCAUUGAGUUUCUGGAUGAGGUGAUGGCAGAUGCCUGUGGCCGCUUCAGUGGGAUGGGGCUGCCAGCAGCAGCCACGCUCCUCCUGGAGCUGCACGGCUCCCGGCGUAGCCUGGCUGAGCAGCAGCAGCAGACAGAGGAGAUUGUGCGACAGAACGGUGGCUCCAGCCUGGCCUGGGCGGAGGGGCUGGAGGAGCGUGAGCAGCUCUGGUCCAUGCGCCACAAUGCCUGGUACGCUGCCCUGGCGCUGCGGCCCGGCUGCCAGGGCUACUCCACAGACGUCUGUGUGCCCAUCUCCCGCCUGCCUGACGUGGUGGUGGAGACCAAGCAGGACCUGCAGGCCUCCGGCCUCACCGGACCCAUGGUGGGACAUGUGGGCGAUGGCAACUUCCACUGCAUCCUCGUCUUCAACUCCCACGACCCGGAGGAGGCCCAGCGCGUCCACGCCUUCACCCAGCGCCUGGGCAGGCGGGCAAUGGCAGCAGGGGGCACCUGCACCGGGGAGCACGGCGUGGGGCUGGGCAAGCGAGCGCUGCUGCAGGAGGAGCUGGGCCAGGAGGGCCUGGACACCCUGCGCUCCAUCAAGGCUGCACUCGACCCCCACAACCUCAUGAACCCUGGCAAGGUGCUCUGAGGGGGAGCUGAAUUGGCAGUGAGGAGCCUCAGCCCCUGGAGUCAGGGCCAGGGUGGCAUGCUGCUCUGCAGUGCCACUGUAUGUGUCCCCUUACAAAUCCCUUCAUCCCCACUUCUGGGGGUCAGGGAUCCUCAUACCCCCAAUAAACCCUUUGGACUCACA